AUGAACAACGAUUACGCUCUCGGAUCCCAAUCCUACAAAUCCUUCCCCGCGUACCCAGAUACCGAUUUCGACAUCGAAUCAGGAACCAGCACCCCAAUCAAACGAAUCAGAAAACCCAAAACUUCAUCAAUUCUUCACCUUCACAAAAUGACCCAAAAAGUUCACCACUUUUUCAAACUUCACCCUCUCGUUGCUCUUUUACUUCUAGCUUUCUCUUUUGGGGUUACCCUUUUGGUUUUCCUCUCUUACAACACGGCCCAGUUGAAGGAUUAUGAGAGAAUUGACCCGGGUGUUGAUGAGUACCCGUUUUCGAAGCUUAGGAAUUUGGUUAUGGUUGCUGGGCAUUCGGUUUAUAUGAGUGGUGGGUGUGGGAAGAUUGAGAAAGAGGAUUCUUGGUUUUUGGAGUCUUAUCAGAGGAAUCCGGGGCAAGCAGCGACUUUUGUGAAGCAUAUUGAGGAAGGGAUUGAGAUUGUGGAUAAGGAUGAGUCUGCUUUGCUUUUGUUUAGUGGUGGAGAGACGAGGAAAGAUGCUGGACCGAGGAGUGAGGCUCAGAGUUAUUGGGCUGUGGCUGAUUUCAAAGGAUGGUUUGGUAAGGAAGAAAGUGUGAAAUGGAGAUCACUUACGGAGGAACAUGCUCGGGACAGUUUUGAAAAUCUUCUAUUUAGUGUCUGUCGAUUCCGCGAGCUUACUGGCACUUAUCCUCAAAAUAUUACUGUUGUAAGUUAUGAUUUCAAGGAAAACAGAUUUGCAAAUCUACAUCGAUCCGCAAUCGGCUUUCCAGAGUCAAGAUUCUUCUAUGCUGGCACACCUGCAACAACAAAUGCAGUAGCAGCUGCUCUAAAAGGCGAGGAAUUGGUGAGAACACAAUUCUUAAGAGAUCCAUACGGAUGUCGGGGUUCACUCUAUCACAAAAAACUAAAGCGCGACCCUUUUCAUCGAUCAAUUCCAUAUCCUAAUGGAUGCCCAGAAAUGGAAGCUUUGUUCAGAUAUUGUGGACCAGCUCCAUACCCCGGCACACUCCCGUGGGCAUAG